AUGGCGCAAUCGCCGAUGAUCUCGGUGCCGCUCAAGGCCACGAGCGAGAUUGAUUGGAUCGAGCCACUCAAGUCGUACAUUCGCCACACGUACGGCGAUGACCCUGAACGCUAUGCCGAGGAAUGUGCGACCUUGAAUCGACUGAGGCAAGACAUGAGAGGCGCUGGCAAGGAAAGCACGUCGGGUCGUGAUAUGCUAUACAGAUACUACGGCCAGCUCGAGAUGCUCGACCUCCGUUUCCCCGUGGAUGAGCAGCACAUCAAGGUCUCCUUCACGUGGUUCGAUGCCUUUACCCAGAAGCCGACGACGCAAUACUCCCUGGCCUUUGAAAAAGCGUCCGUAAUCUUCAACAUCUCUGCUCAUCUAUCCGGCCAUGGCGCCUCCCAGAACCGGGCUGACGAGUCUGCCCUCAAGGCGGCGUACCACUCGUUCCAGGCGUCUGCCGGCAUGUUCACCUACAUCAACGAGAACUUCCUGCAUGCGCCGUCAUCUGAUCUCAGCAGGGAGACUGUCAAGACACUCAUCCAAAUAACUCUUGCGCAGGCGCAAGAGAUAUUCCUCGAAAAACAGGUGGCCGCGGGCAAGAAGGCCGGCCUGCUGGCCAAGCUGGCGGCCCAGACCGGCCAUCUGUACGGGCAAUCCAUCGAGGGAAUCCAGGACAACGUCAACAGGACUAUAUUUGAGAAAGUGUGGUUGACCAUGGUCCAGAUCAAAACCCACCUGUUCAAUUCCGUCGCGCAAUACUACCAGGCGCUGGUCGACGACGAAGCGGGCGAACAUGGCAGUGCCGUGUCACGGCUCCAGGUUGCCGAGAGUCUCAGCAAAGAAGCCGAACGGAUGUCGAGAAGCUUUCCAACCUUGAUCCCUCCGAGCGCCGACCUGAGUGCCGAGACGAGCGUCCUGCUGCAGGAGUUCACGAAACGGCAACACUCGACUGUGCAGGAGAAACUUCGUGAAGCAGCCAAGGACAACGACUUCGUCUACCACCAAACUGUCGCACCCGAGGCUAGCCUUCCGGCCAUCGCCAAGAUGCCUGCCGCGAAGCCGAUCCCGGUGAGCGAACUCUAUGCCGGCCGGGAUAUUUCGCGCAUCACCGGGCCAGACUUGUUUAGCAAGAUUGUGCCCCUGGCCGUGACCGAGUCGGCGAGCUUGUACGAGGAGGAAAAGGCCAAACUGGUGAGGGCCGAGAGCGAGAAGGUGGACGCUGCCAACAGCGAGUUGGCUGCCAGUCUGGACUACCUGAGCCUCCCGGGAGCCUUGCAGAUUCUCAAAGGAGGGGUCGACCAGGAGGAUGGUGCACCUGAUGGGGAGUUCCGGCAAUGGUGUGCCGAUGUGGCGGACCACGAAAACCCCCAAGUAAUUCUGGACUCCCUCGAGGCGCAGAAGGACGCGAUUGUAUCGGUGCUGGACAAGUGCUCGAAGCAACUCGAGAUGGAAGAGAGCGUCUGCGAGAAGAUGCGGUCCAAAUACGGCAACGAAUGGAGCCAGCAGCCAAGCGGGAUGUUGACGACGACGUUGCGAGGGGAUGUCACGAACUACCGGGAGGCGUUGCAAGAGGCGUUGCGGAGCGACGGUCAGCUGGUGGAAAAGCUUCGCCACAACGAAGUCGAGUUUGACGAGAUGCGCCGUGCUGCACGGGACGGCGAGGUGGACCAGCUCUACCAUCGGGCCGUGACCAUGGCUUCGGGCCAAGCCAGCAACGUGGCCAGCCAAGACUCGGCCGUGCCGAGUCUUCUCGACGCGGACUUUGACGAGAAUAGACCGAGCGUGGCGGACCAAAUAAACAAGGUGGAGGAUAUUCUCAAAAAGCUGAAGCAGGUCAAGCGAGAACGCAACCAGGUGUUGAAGGACCUCAAGGAUAGGGUGAGCUUUACCACGGUCGAGGUUGAGGGUGGCAGGUAUACUUACGCUCGGCAGGUUCACGCAGACGACAUAUCUCAAGUGCUCAUCCUCAACAAGAAGUCAAUAUCCAACUACGAGGCUCAAGUGUUCGAGCAGGAACUUGAAAAGUUUGGGCCGCACCGGAACCGACUGCUGCAAGCGAGCCACAAGCAGUCGGUGUUGAUGAAAGAGCUGACGACUAAUUUCAACGCGCUGUUGAAGGAUAAGCGGGUGCAGGCAGAGCGGAGCAAGCAUGAAUCGACGGAGCGCCGGAGAUCCCUGGCGAGCGGCAGGUACAAACGAGCGUACCAGGAGUUUCUGGACCUGGAAUCGGGCCUGCAGAGCGCCAAAGGCUGGUAUCUGGAAAUGAGGGAGACGGUGGAUAGCCUGGACAAGAACGUCGAGACAUUUGUCAGCAACCGGAGGUCCGAAGGGGCGCAGUUGCUGGACAGAAUCGAGCAGGGACAGCUGGCGAACAAGAGCAGUCAAGCAGAGCGGGAGCGGGAACGGCUUCGUGGGCUCAUGGAGCGAAUGUCGGUAGAGCCGGCAAAUUCGCCCACGCAACUGUCGACGCAGCCAGCACCAACGCUAAACGCCCAAUACCCAACUGGAAUGACACCCGGCUACAUACAGACCAACUUCCAUGGACAUUAUCAAGUGCCGGGCUUGCCAUCGCCGACGCAGGUACCCAACCAGGAGCCGCAGCGUGGGCAUGCUGUGUACACGAGCCCACCUGCCACCGUCGGCACAUUCUCGCAUCCUCCGUACAGCCCAAGCCAGUACGGGCCCGCUGCAGGAACAACGUCGCCACCGCCCAACCAACCAAUGGUGGGACAAUCGGCUGCGGCGCUGCAUCAUGCGUAUCAAGGGAACGGUGCUUCGCAACCGCAACAGGUCCAGGCAUUUCAUGCGCCUUCCGGUUUUUCUUCGCCCUCGUUUGGGGGACCCCAGCAGACGAUGUCCCACGGGAGGCAAGAACACGCCGGCCAGCCUCACUCCGCAUCGGUCCAGCAGCCGCAGAAGCCUCACGAUCCGUGGGCCGGCCUGAAUGCGUGGAGUUGA